AUGUCUUUGCAUAAAGAAAUUUGUAAAUACAUUAUAAAAUGUGGAAAUAAAUCAGUACCAAAAAUUCAAUAUGAGGCAACAAAAAAAAAACCAUGUAAAAUAACUGACUUUUAUAGAAAAUAUAUUUUCCCAUAUUAUUUUAAGUAUAUUAGAGCACCUUUUGAAAGAUGGCAAUAUUGUGCAACUACUAAAUUUUUAAGAGAGCAUGGAUUAAUGUAUGACGAUAUGUAUAGUGAUAAAGAUCCUGUUAUUGAAAGAGCUUUAUCUUUAUUACCAAAAGAUAUACAAAUAAAAAGAUAUAGAAGAAUGUUAAGAGGAACUCAUUUAAAUUAUUUAAGGUUGUUAUUACAUCCAUCAGAACAAAAUUAUGAUCCUUAUAUACCAUAUCUAGCACCAUAUAUAGAAGAAGCAAAAUUUCAACUUCAAGAAGAAGAAGAGUUAUUAGGUUAUCACCCAUAUGAUAGAAGGUUAUAUUCGGGAGGAACUACUGGAUUUGGAGAUUUAGAACCAGGAUUACAUUUUCUUGUUUCAAUACCAAAUGUAUAUGGUGCAGCUAUUCCACAUAUGAAAAAAAAAUAA